GGUGUGGUGAAGAGUGUCUUGAUCAAAAUGGACGAAACAAAAGUUAUAUACCACAUCGACGACGAAGAUACGCCGUACCUUGUAAAGCUACCUAAAAGUCCUUCAGAGGUUACUCUAUCGGACUUUAAAAAUGUCCUCAAUCGACCGAGUUACAAGUUCUUUUUCAAAAGUAUGGAUGACGAUUUCGGUGUGGUCAAAGAAGAGAUAAGCGAUGAAGAGAUGAAUUUGCCUUGCUUUAAUGGACGGGUAGUUGCUUGGCUUGUCACAUCAGACACAAGUAGUGUGUCGGACACAGGCAGAGAUGAUCAGCAGUCAGUUAUAUCAGCAUCAUCUGAUAUGCACCCUCCAAUGCCCAGAACAGUUGGUAUUGGAGACUCCAGACCACCUUCUUUCCAUCCCCAUGGAGGGCACUCAACAGCAGGUGAUUUUGACUCAGAAGUAGAUUCCACAGUUAGUUCCAGAAGAGGGUCAAGAAGGAGGGACAAACAUAUCAACAGAAAUGAAGUGGUGCAUGGAAGACAUAGACAAGGAGGAAGACAUGAAGGUGAUCGGUAUGAGAGUGCUUCCAUGAUGAGUAGUGAUAUUGAAUCAACAAGCUAUAUGGAUUCUUCAGAUGAUCAAAGCAGUGUUUCAAGGUUCUCCAGUACAACUGAAGGUUCUCAACUUCUUAGAGGAAGACAUAGAAGGCGGAGAAGACGACCAAGGAUGCCAAGAGUGCAAAGGUGUUCAUCAUUUAGUACCAUAACAGAGUCAACCAUGUCACUCAACAUUAUAACAGUCACACUUAAUAUGGAAAAAGUAAAUUUUCUAGGAAUAAGUAUUGUAGGUCAGAGCAACAAAAGAGGAGAUGGAGGAAUUUAUGUUGGUUCUAUCAUGAAAGGUGGUGCAGUGGAUUUGGAUGGAAGGAUAGAACCUGGAGAUAUGUUGUUGCAAGUUAAUGAUGUAAAUUUUGAAAAUAUGAGCAAUGAUGAUGCAGUGCGGGUUUUGAGAGAAAUGGUCCAUAAACCUGGUCCCAUUACUUUAACCGUUGCCAAAUGCUGGGAUCCUACACCAAAAGGAUACUUCACAUUACCUCCUAGUCCAGGUGAACCUGUGCGUCCAAUUGAUACCUCAGCAUGGGUACAACACACCACAGCAAUGACUCAGUUUGGACCAACUGCACAAUAUGGAAAACAACCAAACAGUCAAUCACUCACAACAAUGACAUCAACCAGCUCAUCAAUGACAAGUUCUCUACCGGAAUCAGACAGAUAUACUGAACUUCAAGAAGGUGAAGGACUCUCAGUAACCUCAGACAUGACCUCGAUAGUUAAAACAAUGGCAGCUCCAGAAUCUGGCCUUGAUAUCAGAGACAGAAUGUGGCUCAAGAUUACCAUCCCCAAUGCAUUUAUAGGAUCUGAUGUGGUAGACUGGCUGUAUUCACAUGUAGAAGGUUUUCAAGACAGACGUGAAGCAAGAAAAUAUGCUUGCAAUCUUUUGAAGGCUGGUUUCAUUCGACACACAGUUAACAAGAUUACUUUCUCAGAGCAGUGCUAUUAUGUGUUUGGCGAUCUUUGUGGAAAUAUGGCGGCUCUUACGAUCAACGAACAUGAGGGCGAUGGCGACCAAGACACUUUGGGACCCCUCCCAACACAUCAAGCUAUUUCGUGGAUAGCAGGUCCACCAAGUUACGGAUAUCAUCAAAUGCCUUCUUACCCGGGCCCUCCUCCUCAAGCCAUAGUGGACACACAGACACCUGGGUACGCUCAGUCAUUCUACAGCGCACACAGUGGCAGCCAAAGUCCCCACAGCGCUAGUGGCAGCUCACGGAAGAGCGGAGGAGGAGGCGACCGCGCUGAUGGUGACCAUCGGAGUAGUGGUGGAAGCAGUAGCGAGAAGAGCAGUAGCAGCAAAGGUAAAAGCAAGGAGCGUGAGGCUCGAAGCAUCGAAGGAUCAGCUCAGCUCGUUCAAGGACCUCCCCCUGCGGGAGUUCCCAUGCCCGGAGGUCCCCCAAUGCCGGGUAUUGCUAUGAUGCCCCGGCCUCUUGAUCAGGUUCCCGAGAACAUUUCAGCGAGUAGGAACAGUUUUAGAAUGGCGAUGGGUAAUCCUUGUGAGUUCUUUGUAGAUGUGAUGUAAACAGUAGACAGAUGUCAUCCGCCUAUCACAAGCUACUGGACUUACUGGUGAGCUUUACUAACAGACGGCUCUGAGGGCAGCUCCCGAAACAGCUUAGCGCCUGGCUGACGAUGCGCGUUGUUGCCAUAUUCGCUCUGUUGACUUCACAAGUUGCAAACAGACUGACGUUUUUGUUUCUAGUGUAUCAGUUGAACAGAGUUACACAGGUUAUCGAGAUUUACGCGCGGUGCCUAUUGCUGACCAAGUUGAUCGUCGCACUGGUGAAUUUGCCAGAAUUUUCGGAGCCAAGACGUUAAUAAUCAUUGUUAGUUAUAACUUGCAUUUGUACAUAGUGUGGAAAUUGGUGCUUUCGAGAGGUUAGGUCUGUACAGAAAUCCAGCUUGAGUUAUUUUAUUGGCAAAGAGAACUUCAUUUUUAUUGUAGUCUUUACAAGUCAAUUUGACGCGCGAUUUCAUUUUGCGCCCAAAAUUGUAAUUUAUAAUUCUCAGUCUCCAGCACAUACGGUAUUGAUCUCAGGCCAGUUUUAUCCUCUGUGACAAAUAAAGCUCGUUCUGUUUCGCCUGAAGAAUAUAAUAGUUGGGUUGUCACUGUAGCACAACAGUACAUGGAUAUCUGUUAACGAUUUCUCGUGUUCCUUGCCUCGCACGUGUGAUUUCAAGGUUAAAUAUUCUUGACAGGUCAUCUAAUUUUUAUUUUUUUCGUAAACUAAGCGUGCUUUAGUUGCUUGAAUAACAAGUGCGAGACAGAUACUUACCAUAGAAUGUAUAAAUCAAUUAUUCUUGAAUGAAGCAAUUUUAUUGAGCGCAGUUUUGCACUAUCAAAAGAACAGUGGGAUGUUAUCUUACUCUUCUUGGGAGAUAAAUAUCUUUUGCCAACAACCAAAUAAAGAAUACAGUAUGAUACGAGA